ACAUCAUCUGGGAAUUUUACUUCAAAACAUUUGUCGCUUCUGUCACCCAAUUACCUGCCAUGGAUCUUCCUGCUGGUUAGGUUUAAGGAAUCAAAUCCAGUCUUUUCUUACUGGAUUUCACAGCGCAAGAGAAUUGGACUUCUAAGUCUUCUGUAAACUUUAACUUUAGCACUGUGAGUCAUACUCCAAUGUGUGGGUGGAGAAAAGCCCUUGAGAGUAAGUCUCUGGCAUGGAUACUUGGAAACACACUCCACCCCCCUGAAAUACAUUGCAUGUCUACAGCUGAAAUUUGUGCUGUUCCUUUUUUGGUAAAGUUUUGAUAGGAAUAAUUUUCUUAUGCUCUACUUGGGAUUAAAUAGUGGGAUAGACACCAAGUCAUGUUUUAAAGUACUUCUAGAAAGUAAAUGAGAAGAGCUCUAAUUAUUCACUGGUAUAUUUUUGAGGAUGUUUACCUUUUUCUCAACCCCAUUACCCAUGACAUAUUUUAAUCUGCUGGACAUUCAUUGGCUGAAUUUUGAUGAAAUGCUAAACUGGUUCAGUACUUUUAGUAUGGCUAUAAGGUGGAGUUUUGCAGCUUUCAUUCCAGAUUAAAGCACAGUUUAGUGUCGCCGCCCCUUAGAUACUGGUUAAUCUUAACUAUGAUUAGUUGAAACAAGUCAGCUUCAUAAACUUCUAUAUGAAGCUGGCUUGUUUCAACAAACCAUAAUUAGGAUAACUAUGGUUUCCCUGUGUUCAGAUGACAUGGGUAGCUGGAGGAAAAGUGUGGGAGCCUGAAGGCUGAUGAGACUUGUUCUCAUAAUAUUAAAGUAGUUUCAAAAUGUUGGUUGGCUUCCUUAAGAGUAUCUGGCAAAAGAUAGACCAGGAAGAGGAAACUUUCUUAGGAGAAGUAUUUUACAGUAUGUCAAACAGGAACCUGGAGAAAAUGAGAGAAAAUUCUUUGCUUUCAGAACAGAACCCUUGCACUCUGAUCAUGGAUUCCAUGCAGUUGUUGUGUCAUGUUAAUUUUCAGCUGCUUAGUGUUCAAUAUCCUUUGUGUGACAUUGAACUGAGUGUCUGAGUAAAAUUCUCCACUGAUGUACAGUACACAAAUAGCAUGAGCAACAGCAGAACAGACACUUUUUCUAUAAGCUUCAGUGCUCUUCUGUCUUUACUCUCUAUUAAGCCCAUCACAAAAGUUGGUUUCUAUGUUGGUCUUGCCAAAAACAAAGCCAGUGAAAGAACCUAACUAGAGCUUUUACUUGGCAACUGAAAGACAAGGAGAGGAUGUUUACACAAAAUAUUCCCUGCUCAGUUCCAGAACAUGAUAUCCUGAGUUCCUUUCUCACAAAAAUAAACUGAGCAGAUCAGGAUCAGAGGAAACUUCACAUAUUGCUGUGUGUAAGGAUUGUGGUCAGCAACAUCGCAAGCUGAGAAACUGGACGCUGUUAUAUAGAAGGAAAUAAACUUUGUGAAGGUUCAGUAUGGGAAAGGAUUAUUAUUCCGUUCUUGGGAUCGAAAAGGGAGCAUCUGAUGAAGACAUAAAGAAAGCUUACAGAAAACAAGCCCUUAAAUGGCAUCCAGAUAAGAACAAAUCUCCCCACGCAGAAGAAAAAUUCAAAGAGAUUGCAGAAGCUUAUGAGGUGCUGAGUGAUCCCCAAAAAAGAGAAAUUUAUGAUCAGUAUGGAGAAGAAGGACUGAAAGGAGGAGCUGGAGGGCCAGAUGGGCAAGGUGGUACUUUCCGGUACUCCUUUCACGGAGACCCACAUGCCACAUUUGCAGCAUUUUUUGGUGGUGCGAAUCCUUUUGAGAUCUUCUUUGGAAGAAGGAUGCCUGGUGGCAGAGACACUGAAGAAAUGGAAGUGGAUGGAGAUCCAUUUGGUUCCUUUACUUCUUUCAAUAUGAAUGGAUUCCCAAGGGAAAGAAACACUGUUGGUAGCCAACCCCGUCGUAAGCAAGAUCCCCCUAUUGUUCAUGAACUCAAGGUAUCACUGGAAGAGAUUUACCAUGGAUGCACAAAAAGAAUGAGAAUUUCCCGAAAACGGCUCAACCCAGAUGGUAGAAGUGUCAGAACGGAGGAUAAAAUCCUCACUAUUGAUAUCAAGAGAGGAUGGAAAGAGGGCACCAAAAUUACAUUCCCCAAAGAAGGCGAUGAAACACCUAGCACCAUACCAGCUGAUAUUGUGUUUGUUAUUAAAGAUAAAAUACAUCCUCACUUCAAGAGGGAUGGUUCAAAUAUUGUCUAUCCUGUCAAGAUCACCUUACGAGAGGCCUUGUGUGGCACCUCAAUCAAUGUACCAACAAUAGAAGGUCGAACCAUACCUAUGACAGUAAAUGAAGUUGUAAAACCUGGAAUGAGAAGAAGAAUUAUAGGAUAUGGCUUGCCAUUUCCCAAAAAUCCAGACCAACGAGGUGACUUGAUUAUAGAAUUUGAAGUAACCUUUCCAGACAGUAUAGCUCCAGCAUCAAAAGAAGUACUCAGGAGAAAUCUUCCUGUUUCAUAAAACAACAUACUUUUUUGAACUUGUUCCAAAAGGACACUGAAAAUUGAAGAGUUGAGGUUUAUGCUGUAAAAGUGCAAUCUAUAACUGUGGAACUUAACUUUUUUGUGUGUGGAUUGGGGAGAGAGUUAUGCAGUGCUGCAUGAGAAUAGGAGGCAAAAGUACAAAACACUUGCAAUCAAGUAUGAAGCUAAAACCAUUUGCUGUGUAUUGGAUUUUCCUUUUCAAAAAGUUUUAUCCAGUAUUUGCUUAUAAGUAAGAUGUAUUUUUGUGUGUGUGAGGGGGGCACUUCUGUGCAUAUCUCAUAUGUACAGAAUCAUGAAGUGCUUGCGUUUUAAAGCACUUUAUUUCAGAUAUUUCUUUAUCAUCUAUGUGAGAUUAUUAUAUUGCAGGAUCAGAAAUUGGAAUUCGUAGUAUGAAUCUAUGUAACGUUUGCAAUAUUUAUGUUGUGUAUAUGCCAAUUCGCUAUGUUUACAUUGCACACAGCAGAAGGCAGGAAAUCUCACUUGAAAUGUUCAUGAGCCUGAAGGGUAAGUUUUUUUCCUGCAUUGUUUUUGGAUUCCUUUCCUCAGUAUUCUACAGAUGCUUGCCUAACAGAAAAUUAUAUGUCUCAUUCCACAGUCAUACAUAUAUGUACCAUGUCAUGAACAUGCUCCAAACCAGAACACAUAGUGGGUGACUCAGUAGUUGCCAAAUAUUCAGGGUCUAACCCCUACCCUACAUUUACGCAGCCUCCACUCCUAUCCAGCCCAGGCCAAGAGACUCCCAGACUUCACCUGACGUUCCUAAGAUUCCAAGGGAACAAGGGUCAAAGCAAUACCCUCUGCUGUCUGACCUUAUUCUAAAAACACAGUACCUGGUAGGGAACUAAGCAGUCAAGUAUUGGAUUUAGUACCAAGGCAUUACCUAAAUAAAGCUCGCGUGCGCACGCACACACACAAUUCCGAAAGGUGGUACAUUUAUUUGAUAAAAGGAAACAUUAGUGAGAACAAGUAUAUUUGGGCAAUUAUGUCAGAUCAAACAAACUGUGCUAAACCAGCCAGUUCUGUACAUAUCAAUAAAAUCAUUGGCUUCGUAGGGACAAAAGCAUACAACACAGAGCAAGGUAAUCCAAAUAUGAUCCGAAGGUGGGAUGUUCCCUGCCACAAGUAAGGGCCUGCUUUCUUCUAAAUGCCGCAGCAACCUAGGUAAAUCUUGUUAACCUGUAAAAAGGCCUCAAGACCCCCCCCCCAACAUUCUGGCACUUUAGGCUACAUGCUUUCCCACCAAACCCAGCUCAAGCAACCAUUCCAGUCAACAAGCUCACAGCUGAUUCACCAGAUUUCCAUAUGGAAAAAAUGUGGCAGCAGUUGCUUUAAUGUCCAUUAAAACAUAUGUCCAAAUUGUGGAACCUGCCUGCUGAGAUAGCGAGUCUAUAUAGAAGGGUUAUCUGAACAAAUGUCAAGGGAAUGGGCCUAUUUCAAGCACAUUAACUUCACAGUCUUUCACAGUUUAAGCCCCUUGAAACUUCUGUGGUCAGUAAAUUAGUAGUACUCGGUCCCACUUAAGAAGUUGUAAGCUCGUUCUGAAUUAUCUAAAUGAAAGGAAGAAAAUGCCCUCAAUUAUAGUUUUCUAAAAGAAAAAGAAUCUAUAGGGCUGGUACCCUUGGAUGGCAAAAAAUAACAAGUAAACAUCCUUUUAGCAUUUGUCUCUAAACUUGCUGCAAUAUGUUAACAUCUGAAAGUCAUAUUCUUUAAAGAAAAUAAAUGAUUUUAUGUACGUACAAAUGUGCUAGGUAGCUGCACUGUUAACCAACAGGGUAAUUAACAAUUUUGUAUGCUUUUAUGUAGAAAAUUAAUUAUGACACCCAUUCUCUAAGCAGUAGCCAUCUAUAAUGCAGAAUAGUUAUAAUGGGGGGGGACCAUUCUAGAAACUACCCAUUUGAAUGAAUUGGCAACAUUUAAUAAGAUUUUAUACAUGGGAUAUGAAGAAAUAUGUGCAUUCUGAAAGAAGGAGGAUCCAGAACUUGCACUCGUGACACUAGCACUCAUGACACUAAAAGUGAGAAAGUAGAAAAUGGCUGCUUCAUUCUUAUGCAUUUACAUAUCAUUUAUGAUCUGUAUUGCAUUUAUAUGUUUUUUAAUUAAAUAUAUUGUUUCUAA